AUGGAGAUAAAGAAUGACACUUUGGUUACAGAGUUCAUGGGCAUCCCCCACACAGACGGGCAGAAAAUUGUAUGCUUUGUCAUGUUCAUGAUCUUCUACCUCUGCAUGCUGCUAGGAAAUCUGCUCAUCCUCUUAUCUGUGAUGUCUGAUUCUCACCUCCACAUGCCUAUGUAUUUCUUAGUUUGUAAUCUCUCUGCAUUGGACAUUGGUUUCUCUUUUGUGAGCACUCCAAAGAUACUGGCCAACUUGCUGGUGAGAAGCCAAGUCAUCUCCCUCGGAGGUUGUAUGUGCCAGGUCUUUUUUCACCACUUCCUAGGCAGUACUGAGUGCCUGCUCUACACGGUAAUGGCCAAUGAUGGUUUUGCCACCAUCUGUUACCCACUGUGCUAUACCAUCAUCAUGAACUGCCAGGUGUGUGUCCUGCUAGCAGCCGGCACCUGGUUUACUAGCUCCUUUCAUGUGACAAUUCUCACUACACUGACCUUCCAACUGCCAUAUUGUAAUUCUAAUGAGGGGGACUAUUUCUUUUGUGACAUCUUCCCUGUAGUCAGAUUAGCAUGUGAUGACACCCUUAUCAUCGAGACAGUGAGCUUCACCAACAUUGGUCUUGUGCCCAUGACCUGCUUCCUUCCCAUCCUUGCCUCCUACAUCCGCAUCAUCACUGCAAUCCUAAAGAUGCAAUCUGCCAAAGGGAGACGCAAGGCGGCAUCUACCUGUGGUUCCCACCUCUCCGGGGUCACCCUGUUCUUUGGACCCUAUGCCCUCAUCUAUACCCAGCCAUCUUUGAGUGAUGUUCUGGUAACCCUACAGAUCUUUGUCCAUGUAGUCACCCCCAUGCUGAACCCCACAAUCUAUACCCUGAGAAACCAAGAUAUCAAGGGAGCUCUGAAAAAGCUGGCUGGGGGCCAGAUUGUUUCAGAAGGAGGUCACUAGUCCACUUGUGGGUCAAGCUAAUUUUUUCCUCCUCAUUUGUAUAUUAAACUAAUUUUUAAAAACAUCCAUCUGUGCCAGUUGUAAAGGUCUUUCUGCCACAAAAAGAGCUGGAAAACAGUUCUUCAAGAUACA